GUCUCGUCUCGUCUCCGCGUCCGUCCUCUUCUCGAGUUGCGUAUCGAUUCCCCACCGGACCGGCGGCGAAACCCUAACCCUAGCGCCGGGCCAGCCGCCACCAUGAGGAUGGGGGAGCGCGCGACCACCAGGGACGUCGUGCUCCGCCUCGACGACCUCUCCCUGCCGGCGCGCCGCCUCACCGUGCCGUCCCGCCUCCGGGUCUCCGAACUCCUCCGCGAGCUCCCGCUCCCGGUGUCGUCGUCGUCGUUCUACCUUACCGCUGAUGGCCGCCCGCUCCCUCUCACCGCGCCCGUGGCGUCCCUCCCGCCGUCGGGCUCGAUCCAGCUCCGCCUCCGCGCGCUCCGCGGCGGGGGCGGCGACGGCGGGGCCACGGGCGCCGAGUCCCGCGACUGCUACCUCUCCAUGUACCUCGCGAAGAAGCCCGACAAGGCGGAUCCCAACGAGGCGCGGCUCUCCCGCUUCACCUGCUGCGCGCUCUCGGGCGAGCCGCUCGCCGCCCCCGCCGUCGCCGACCGCCUCGGGAACCUCUUCAACAAGGAGGCCCUCGUCGAGGCGCUCCUCCACAAGCGCCUCCCCAAGGCGCUCUCGCACAUCCGAGGCCUCAAGGACAUGAUCCCCAUCCACUUGCAUCCCAAGCCUGACGCGGAUGCUGCGGGUGAGGAGGUCCGGUUCCAGUGCCCGAUCACUGGGCUUGAAUUCAACGGGAAGUACCAGUUCCUCGCCCUCCGCAAGUGUGGCCACGUGCUCAGCGUGAAGGCUCUCAAGGAGGUGAAGAGCUCGGCGUGCUUGGUCUGCCACAAGGAGUUUGAUGAGGCGGACAAGAUGCCGCUCAACGGAACCGAUGAGGAGGUGACAGCUCUGAGGCAGAGGAUGGAGGAGGAGAGGGGAAAGGUGAAGGAAAAGAAGGAGAAGAAGGUGGGAAAUGGGCUAAGUGGGAGUAAGCAUGCUACUGCUGCUGCUGCAAUGGCGGGGGCUGAUAAGCUUGAAAAUGGGAAGAAGGGGGAGGCUCCCUCAGCCAAGCGGUUCAAGGCUUCUGACCAUGCACCAGCGUAUGCGAAUAAGGAAGUAUAUGCAUCAAUUUUUACAUCGUCCAAGAAGUCAGAUUUCAAGGAGACUUAUUCAUGCCGGUCACUCCCCCUCGGAAGGAAUUGAAGUGAUAUAGCUCUGAGAGAUGUCAAUGGCUUUGCUGGUGAACAUCUUGCACUGAUUUGCUCCAUAGCAUGGUUCACCUGCUAGUUUCUUCAUUGUAAUUCUAGUUGGGGGUGUACUUGUGUUCUUUAUGUUUUGAUUUCUGAUGUGGUGGCGUUCUUCUGUCGGGUAAGCACAGUGUUAUUUGAAAGGUGUGUGAAAUAUGUAAUAUUUGAAACUAUUAACAAGCAAUACCAGCUCCAAAAUCUCC